AUGUCUUGGAAUGGAUGCCGCCACCACCAGAACAACCUCAAAGUCUUAUCUGGCUUGGACCUAAAUGCAGGUACCCCGCUUUCCUUUGGGAACGCCUCGCUCCCAUCAACAUGGAGGCAGUGUUGGAACGCCACAAACGUUUCCGCGAGCAUAACCGCAGUGACAUCUAGCCCCGAGGCCGUCGACCAUGCGCACUGGAUCGACCAGCUUGAUAUUGCGCAACAAUCAGAUCGCCGACGAUAG